UAGUCAUCUUUAAGAGAUCGCAAUAUCUGGGUCAAAUUUCUAGCAUCAAAUUCCCCUCAAAUCCUUCACAAAGUGAUCGUUUUUUCUCUUCUAACUUAUUAAAUUGCCUCCAACAGUCUGCCAAUUCAGAGUCGACGGUUCUUGUACUGUUCUUUCUCCUAUGGCUCUUCUCAAUUCUCGGUUGUCCGAUUCCAAAUUCCACCGCUUUCCAUCCCUCCGCCUUGCAAUUCACCAUCCCCGCCUGAUGGCCGUCAGUUUCCGAUCAGUUUCUGGCGACCCAUUAGGCUUAAACUUGGUGGGUCGUUGCAAUUUCAAAUCCUUGAGGCUGAAUUCAUCGUGUAGGAUCCAAAACAGAGCAACUCCACCGCUGACAGAGGCAUUUGAACCAGGGUCGCCGCCACCGCCGGCUUCUGGGAAGAGGAUUUUGUUAUCGGAUGUGGUGGUGAGGCGGCCGAGGGAGGUGUUUUCGGGCCGGAAAUGGACUCUUCAUGACAUCGGAACCGCCGGAGUGGUGGCGGCGGCUCAUUUACUCGCUCUUUUGGCUCCAUUUCAAUUCAAUUGGGCUGCAUUUUGGGUCGCAGUUUCUUUGUACAUUGUCACAGGUCUUUUCGGAAUUACCCUUUCGUUUCAUCGCAAUCUUUCUCAUCGCAGCUUCAAACUUCCAAAAUGGCUAGAAUACUCCUUCGCUUAUUGCGGAGUUCAAGCACUUCAGGGGAAUCCAAUGAAUUGGGUCAGCACCCAUAGAUAUCACCAUCAAUUUUGUGAUUCCGAAAGAGACCCACAUAGCCCAAUCGAAGGCUUUUGGUUUAGCCACAUGAGUUGGUUGUUUGAUAUCAAAACUUUGACUGAGAGAUGUGGAGGGCCAAACAACGUUGGGGAUUUGCAAAAACAGCCAUUUUAUAGGUUUAUUGAAACAACUUAUCUUCUUCAUCCGAUUGCUCUUGGUGCUCUGCUCUACGCAAUGGGUGGAUUUCCAUUCAUUGUUUGGGGAAUGGGUGUGAGAUUAGUUUGGGUGUACCAUAUCACCUGGCUGGUGAAUUCAGCUUGCCAUGUAUGGGGAAAUCAGGCUUGGAAAACAGGGGAUUUGUCUAGAAACAAUUGGUGGGUGUCGCUGUUUGCAUUUGGAGAAGGGUGGCACAACAACCACCACGCAUUUGAGUUCUCGGCGCGACAUGGCCUAGAGUGGUGGCAACUCGACAUGACAUGGUACGUUGUCCGGCUUCUUCAAGCUCUCGGUUUGGCCACAGAUGUGAAGAUACCAACACAACUUCAGAAGCAAAACUUUGCUACUUUCAACGCCACAUGACUUUGUACCAACUUCUAUUACCCAAAUCUUAGACCCAAAAGGUGUAUGCUUUCUCGUUCCGAUAGUUAAAAUGUUACGACCCGAAUUUCUUAAUGAAAAUUCCAUACUUUUAAUGCA